AAUGUUCUGUAGUAAAAACAUUCGGUAAAGAUCUGAGCUUUUCCGCUAUGAACUUCUUCACAUCCGUCUUCUCCGACGAUCCGGAUCCUCCAGGAACCGAAUCAGAGUCAGAGGAGCACGAGAAUCCAGACCAAUCUAAUCCUAACGAAGACGACGAAGGCGGAUGGAGCUUCGGCGGUCUGAUGAAAACCAUAGCCGACAGAUCCGAAUCCGUGAUCGAAACAUACCGACGAGAUCUAGAGGAGUUCGGUACAGGUCUAAAGAAAGAGAUCGAAGUCGCGCAGGGAUCUCUCGGUACCGUGGGACACGUCAUCGACGAGUUUGGGAACACGGUGAUAAAAGGAACGGCUGAGAUCAUCGCUCAGGGUAAAGAAGCGAUCUUAGCCGCUGGUAACGAAUCUGAUUCGUCUGAUAACAACAACAAUAGCGGUAUUAAUCGUCGUGAUAGCUUUAGCUCGAAGCCGUAUAGUCGUUUCGAUGCUCAGGUUCGUGUUGUUCAAGGGGAUGUUGGUACUUAUAGUGAAGAGCCUGAGGAUUUGGAUGAGUUCAAGAAGUGGGGAUCUGAGUUUUCUUUGGGGGAGAGAAGUGAGGAGAUGGGGGAGUUGUUGGAGGGGAAUGGAGAUAUGAGAGGAGUGUAUAAGAGGGUUGUUCCUAGUGUGGUUGAUCAUGAGACGUUUUGGUUUAGGUAUUUUUAUAAGGUUUAUAAGCUUAAGCAGGCGGAGGACUUGAGGGCUAAUCUUGUGAAACGAGCUAUCUCUGCUGAUGAUGAGGAAGAGUUGAGCUGGGAUAUUGAUGAUGAAGAGGAGGCUAGCGAGAAAGUUACUGAAGUUACCAAAGAAGGGAGUGAUGAUAUGGGUAGUGGAGACGUUAGCGAAACUGUGAAGGAUUCUGUGAGUGAAAAGAGCGUGAAAGAUGAAGUGGCAAGUGCAGGUUCAGUGACUGAAGUGAGCAAUGUUGGUUCCAAGACAGAGACUGAUUCUGAGGAGAAAAAGGAAACUGGUAGUGAGAAAGUUCCAGAAUCAAAAAUAGUUGUUGAUGCUGCAAAACAAGUAGUUGAUGCUACUCCUCCUGCAUCUGAUGAGUCUUCAAUUCAAGAUUCGGGCAAAAAACAGGAAGCUGUUCAAGAAUCUGAUAAAAGUGCUCCGUCACAAGAAGACUCAGAUAAACCAGAUGGUGCUGCUUCUUCAGUAGUUCAAGGCUCAGGUAAGCCAGAUGGUGCUGCUGCUUCAUCAACUCAACAACCAUCAGAAGAAGAGGAUUUGGGAUGGGAUGAGAUUGAGGAUAUGAGUAGCAUCGAUGGUAAGGAAGCGAGUAGAACUUCUGGUGGUAGUCCAAACAGAGCUGAGCUGCGUAAACGUCUGAGUGCUGCAGAGGAAGAUGAAGAGUUAAGUUGGGACAUUGAAGAUGACGAAGACGAAUCAUCAAAAGCUUAAUAUAGUAUCAUAGUGGUGUGCUUUCCCCCUCCUGCAGUACUUGUUUUUGUAAGUUUCUGGUCAUUUGCCUCCAUUCUUCACUUGUUUUCUCUUAUACGUUCUGUUUAAUUUGAUUUGAAUAUAUGCAAACAUUUGAUUUGUUCUCAAAAUAGUAUUCCCAUUAGAUUGAGAAUUAUAUGUAUGAGUCUAGUUAUCUUUCUGUUUUCUUAUGAACUUAUGUACCACUUUGAUAUUCAAGUUAUAGAUCAAAUUACAAGGAGAUUCG